AUGCCUUUCAGGCUGAUUUUGUGAGUGAUGGGCUGUGUUCGCGUGUGUUCCUCGCGUUUGUGAGUGGUGUGCUUCCUUCCCAGGAAUUUAUUGUGCUUUAUAUUCACUAUAGUAACAACUGCAACAUGCUACUAUGGGAGUAACGUAACGCAGAACUUGUAUCAUGGUGCAAAUUUUCGCUAGCAAGAACUCCACAAGGAUAGCACUCCCAUGGAUAGCACUUAGCGGAUGGUUUCAUGCUCGAUGGUGGUAGUUAUGAGGAAACGUCCCCGGUGCAGUGUCGAAGGCGGUAGCGAAUCGCGCUGGCGUCUGUCGACGGGUCCUGCACAGUGCCCAUGAGUCUCGAGGCGGCCCCAAGCGGACGGCGUCGCUUCUUCUGCCGGGAAUGGGCGUUCGUCAAGCUCUCCCACUGUCUCGACCAGCGGCCCUCCAGCAAGACCUGCGGUGCCCUGGUCGUCGGAGGUCCCGGGUGCGGCAAGACUGCGCUCUGCAUGGAGCUGGUCUGGCCCACGGGACCUCCAGGCGCCCGGCAACAUGUCCUCGGUCAAAGGGUCUUGGCGCACCAUUUCUGCCAGGCUCACGACACAGAGACGCUGAGCGUUUCUGGAUUCGUGCUAAGCCUCGUUCGACAGCUUUCCCAAUCUGUCGCGGGCUACCAGGACCGCCUUCAAGACUCCGACGUGGCGGCUGCCUUGGACCGCGCCGCCUUGGACCCCGACGACGCGUUCAAGAAGGGGGUUCUGUUUCCCCUGCUUGAGCUCGAUCCACAACCGCCCCAGCCGUGUCUUCUCCUUGUUGAUUCCGUUGACGAGUCGCUCUUGGUACAGGUGGCACCGCUGAAUGGGAGCUCUCAGCAGCCAAGUCCUUCGGUAAAUGGCUGUAGCCGCACCAUCGCGGAACUGCUGGCUGCGCAUCAUCAGUUGUUCCCGCAGUGGCUGAUGCUGGUGUGUUCCGCACGCAAGCAGAGCAAGAUGGUCACUCGCAUGUUCACGGGUUUCAGGAAGAUAAGCCUAGACGACCUUCGCAAAGCCUCCGUAGUACGUGACGUCCAGCAGUACAUCCUCUGCCGGUUGGACCGCGAAGAAUCUUUGCGACAACAGCUGAGCCGCGACACUGCCGAAGCCCUCAACCAACUGCACAUAAAGAGCAACGGGUGUUUUCUCUACCUAGAGCGACUCUUGGACGGGGUAGCGGAACGGUCUGUUACCCUGCGCGAAAUCCGGGACAUCCCGGGAACACUGAACGGUCUCUACCUGUGGAUAUGCCAAAGACUGUUUGCGAGGCGGCAAUUCCCGCGUCUUCAACCCAUCCUGAACGCCCUCUUAGCCUCUAGAAGACCUCUGACGUCACAAGACCUCUUUCUGUGCCUCUGGACACGCGACCAGACAUUGACAUCGGAGGACUUCUCGCGUCGCCUGUUGCUCCUCUCCAAGGUGCUCGUGGAGAGAGACGGCUAUCUACUUUUGUUUCAUCAUAGCUUCGCAGAGUGGUUACUCGAUGUUAAACACUGCACGCAGAAGUAUCUCUGCCAUGCCAGCGAGGGACACGCCAUGUUAGCCAUGUUGUACACAGUAAAAGGACCAGAUCUUACUCCGGUCGAGAUGCAAGACUUUGCGCAUCAUUUACAAAGAGUGCCGACGGAGGGAUCGUUACAGAGCUUUCAUUUUCCGUUAUGGAUCAUAUCCUCUCAAGCGCCGUUGGAACGGGCUUUUUGUCCUACCGUGGGGUCAACGGCAGUUCCUCGGGAUCCUGGAGUUCUUAGGCUGCUAGUUGAAGCGGGUGCUGUGCUACCAGGGGAUAGUGAAGAGGGGCAAGGGGAUGGCGAUGGGGAUAAAAUAAUUGGGGAUAAGGAAGGGUCCUUAGGAAGGGUAGAGAAAGUGGAAGAGGUCCCCGAAGACCCUCUGGAAGCGCUCCUGGCGUCCGGAGGGACGGUGGACGACGUAGACGGGAACGGAAGGACUCUGUUGCAUUCGUCGGCGUACGAAGGAGAUUUGGAGCUCGUGAGGAGGUUGUUAGAGAAAAGGGCCCAGUUGGAAGUGACGGAUAAGAACGGACAGACGCCGCUGAACUUGGCGGCUCGACAGGGUCAUGCCGAAGUGGUCGUAACACUGCUAGCAGCAAAGGCCAACCCUGACCACGCAGAUAACGAUGGCUGGACACCACUCAGGUCGUCUGCGUGGGCUGGACAUCUGCAGGUAGUGGACGUCCUUCUGGACCACGGCGCCCAGGUUGACCUAGCGGACUCUGAGCAACGAACUGCACUGCGGGCAGCGUCGUGGGGAGGUCACGAAGAGAUCGUGUCUCGACUGUUGGCUCACGGCGCAGACGUGAACCGUGCCGACCGCGAAGGGCGGACGGCGCUCAUUGCGGCCGCGUACAUGGGCCACGCGGAGAUCGUGGAGCACCUUCUGGAACAAGGAGCCCAAGUGAACCAUGCGGACGCUGACGGGCGCACAGCGCUUUCAGUUGCCGCACUGUGCGUCCCUGCGUCCGAAGGCCAUGCCGCUGUUGUGGCUUUGCUGCUUGAGCGUAAUGCUGAUGUUGACCAUAAAGAUAACGAAGGCAUGACUCCGCUCCUGGUUGCAGCAUUUGAGGGACACAAAGAUGUAUGCGAAUUAUUGCUCGAAGGGGAAGCAGACGUGGAUCACACAGACAACAGUUCUCGCACCCCACUUUUCGCUGCCGCCUCCAUGGGACAUGGCGCUGUUGUGAGCUUACUUCUCUUUUGGGGAGCUUACGUGGACAGCAUUGACGGUGAAGGCCGUACGGUGCUAUCCAUCGCCGCAGCACAGGGCAGCAUUGAGGUGGUACAGCAUCUACUCGACCGGGGACUGGACGAACUGCACAGGGACAACGCAGGUUGGACCCCUCUUCACUACGCUGCUUUAGAAGGCCACGCGGAAGUGUGUACGUUGCUCAUGGAUGCUGGAGCCAAGGCGAGCGAGCUGGACAACGAGGGCAGGACGCCGCUUAUUCUUGCGUCCCAGGAGGGACAUGUUGAUGCUGUGCUGUCCAUUCUGAAGUACAGCGGGCACCCGCCGUCGCUUAUAGAUCACAAGGCACAUGACGGGCGAACGGCCUUUAGGGUAGCGGCUCUUGAGGGGCACAAAGACACGGUGCAUACCCUUGUGAGUUACAACGCGGAUGUCAACUACCAGGACGCAGACGGAAGAUCCACCCUCUACCUCCUCGCGCUCGACGGCCGGACCGAGAUGGCAGAGUUCAUCCUUGCUCGCGGCGCAGACCCCGAUGCGACGGACCCAGAAGGCCGAACCCCGCUGCACGUUGCCGCCUGGCAAGGGCACUGCAACGUUGUCGACCUCUUGCUCAGCCGUGGAGCUCGCAUCGACGCUCAGGACCACGAUCAAAGGACGGCCUUGCAAUCCGCGUCGUGGCAAGGACACGCCAACGUUGUCCGUCUGUUACUCGAACGCGGAGCCAAAGUGGACCACAUCUGCGUCGAAGGUGCUACAGCGCUCGGCAUCGCCGCGCAAGAAGGACACGAAGCUGUGGUUCGGACUCUGCUCGAGUACGGUGCCGACUCGACGCACGUCGAUCAGUGCGGGCGUACUCCGGCUCGUGUGGCCGCGAAGGCGGGACACGGUCACGUCGUCAAACUGUUAGAAGAACACGCGGCCAUGGGUAGGGGUUCGGCGAGCACGGCGUCACUGGCUUCCGCAUCCACCGCGCCCUGCAACGCAGUGUUGUGCCCAGAAUCGCCCGAGGGGGACAAACGGAGGUCCAUCGUGUCGAAUCGGUCCGAUUCAAAGUCGUCCAGCAAUCGAACAAGUUCGACGACGAAGUCGCAGCCAAACGUACCUCCUCAGCAGGUGGACUCUUCCGAGGGACUAAGUUUUACGCAGCAGAUUCAGCAAUGUACGAGGCCCAGACACAGAACGAGUAGAGUGCUUUCGCCGCUGCACAGCGAGCCCCGUUCUCCGGGAAGUCCGGGCGCUCACUCCUCACCAGCGAGCGAGUGGAAGCCCGCAAACCACCUGCCACCUUGUGGCGUUCAGGGGCGACGCGGCCCGUUGCCCGAGCUGCCGGGUCGAGCGAAGCGGAACGGCAUCGUGACCAAUCCAAACUGCAAGGGUAGUAAGAACAGGGAGAACAGUUCGAAUCAACUAAAGAAUCUGGCCAAUUACAAGGACGUUAUCAAAAGCGGCAGCGGGAUUCCAGUGAAGAAAGAGACGCCGCUGUGAUUGUGAGGGAGACGAUGGCACUCCUGGGACAGAAGGUUGUUACCCUAGUGGAGAGUUGCUGUGCCUUGUUUCAGUGCUUUUGUUAGGGAAUGAUGGCAGUGGUGUUUUGGCUGGGUGUGGGGAGGCUAAGCGUUAGGGGCAUCAUAAUUGGCGUCGCCAGAGAAUAGGCACCUUUUUGGAGGUCAGUCGAAUGUAGUGGUGCAUCCUAAUGACACACAUCGAAAACUCGCCAUUUCGAAUUUCUAAAGAAACGUGAAAAAAUCCGCGAAGGAAUUCAGAUACCAACGUUGUUCCAACUGUUCGGAGAUCAACGUUGUUCCAACAGUUCAGAUAUCAACGUUGUUCCAACCGUUCAGGUAUCAACGUCGUUUCUAGCAUGGCAAAUGACAGAUGCCAAAGUAUAUGUAUGUUAUCGUAUCGCGUUAUCACGAUUUCACUGCAGACAACAAACACAUCCCAAGUUCAUGCAUGCGUAACAUAGAGCAAGAGGGGAUGACAAGUGCGCAGGGAGAACUUUAUUUGAAGUACUACUUCUGCCCUUGCUUAACCGUAUACCUUAUCUGACUACACCCAGUCAAACACCAACAAACUUCCUGUAGCCAUUUCGAGACAGAUGCGUACAUAUUACGUACAUGGUGCAAAGUGAAGAUCCUGACACUGGGAAAGUAGUCUGCCGUGUUAUCCUUAGGUGUAGUCAUCCAAGAUAAACAAAAGCUUAAGUGAAUGCACUUGCUUGUCCGCAAUAAGGGAGACUGGUAGAUGCCGCAGUAACGAUGUGGAUGGUGCGCAGAGUGACAGUGUAUGCUGCGUACAAGCGAUGUGUAAAACAGGCACGCUGCUUUGUCCUUGUCAGUAAGCGAAUAAGAAUGAAGAGCUUGUGUGUAUGUGUGCGGUACGUGAAGGUGGCGUUCCACAGCUGGCUGUUGAGCUGUCGGAAAUGACUCUGAAGGAACGGUUAGAAAGCAAGCAAGCAAGCUCGUGGUCCAUGACGAAGAAGCCUGAGACUAGAGAGGACAAGAAGAACGCGCAGGGACGAGGUCACGAGCACAGCUGAGAAGCUUAUUUUAGAGGCGACAAAUUUCGUGUGGUCAAGAAAUGGGAAGCUGCCAGCUGACACUGUUUGCCGACACGGUAUUAAUAGGGCCUGACUUUUUCGGGUUAAACCCGUAUCCCCCCGAUAUUUACCCCCCGAACGAAAUCUGUAAAAUUCGGGUUUAACCCGAAUCUACCCGAAAACAUCCGGGUCGCGUGGCACACUCAUAAGCGUGCAUUAAAAUAAAGUUUGAUAACAUUGCUAAACAUUAGUUCCAUGUUAAGACAAAUUUAACAAAAAUUAAAAAAAACAAACAAAAAAAUUAAAAAAAUCAAAUGAAACAAAAAAAAAAUCACCCGAAUACACCCGAAUUCCUGACGACAGAAUAUGCCGUAACGGGAUUUAACCCGAAUACACCCGAAUUUUCGAAUGAGAAAUUUCACCCGAUAUUUACCCCCCCCGAAUUUGGCCAAAAAUAAAACCCGAAAAAGUCAGGCCCUAGGUAUUAACCGUGUUGGCAAAUUAUCUGUCAUUUUCGGUCCAGCUUUGGGGAAGCUGGUGGCCUUCCGUUUCACUUGAACUCUUUCGUUCUUCUUAAAUUUGUCUGUAAAAUAAACUUCACAGCUGUGUUUGACACCUCGUUCGUGUGCGUCCCUACUCUGCUUUUUCGUCAUGAGUGUUGGAAGCCCUGUGGUGUUACGUGCGCUUCUUUGUUUUGCCUGUUUCCGUAGCUGACAAAUUACUGCCAUUGGUAAAAACUAUUUAUGAUUAUACGGCUAGGAAAUUGUUCUAAAGAAGUUGCGCAUUUUGCUUUGCAACAUUCUUUUGAUUUGCGCCUCGGCCGUUGGGUAAGACUGCCAAAUGCUGACAUUCAGUUAUGUGUUUUUCUGGCACUUACGACUGUUUUGUACAUUCUCAUCUCUUACUCAUUAUGUUUUGCUAUCAAAGGUGUGGCAUAAUGGUGCCGUUCCUCAAUUUCUCAUUUUGCUGUAUGUUCUUCAGUCUAGUCAAUGUGAGGUCUUGUAGAUCUGAAAUCGCAAAAUUGCAGCUGAAAUUUUGACUCUUGGUUUUGUAUAAUGCUUUUUUCUUGGUUCAUGCUACUCAUUUUAUCAAGCUUAAGGACUCUUUCCAAUUAUGUUACAAUGGGCAUUACAAACAACUUCGAUUAGUAAUGAAGGAAGAGAUUACGAACAGCUUCCCAAAGUUGGGCGUUUGGUACGAUUACGAUCUCAUUUUUGAUUUCUGUAUGAUUGAUUACAAUGAGUAUUCUAGAGUUGAGCAGCGGGAGUGCGGUUACGUUUCCGGCACACAGUUUUUGGUGGAUUGAGUCGUAGACAUUUCUGUCUACUGAGUAACUGUCUACUAGUAGACUAAUGUCUACUUAACAAGACCAACAUAUAUUUUUUUUUUUGUUAAAGGUGCAUCUUUCAAAAUACAUGUACAUUGGAGCGGCUCCACCCUCAUUGGACGAGAGGCAUACACAGUCUUACAAAAUUAUGGCAUCCACUCCCACCAAUGAAUGUGUUUGGCCGGAGCCUCGCGACACGGUAAGUCUCCUGCCCAAUGAGGGUGUAGCAGCUGUGUGAGGUCAGCGUUUCGAAUGACACAUGUUACAUUGUGACUUCAGCUUUGCAAUCUGACACACAGGUCAAACUGUGAGGGAAAACUUGGAGCAUUCCGUACCAGGUAGGCUUUGAUUGGACAAUCAAAGUAUGCAAAAUUCCUGCUGUCCAGUUUAUGGCUUUUGCAAAGUUUAAUUUUCUAUGCUGAAACAUGGUCUUGCUGGCCAUGAGGAUGAGGGAAAGUACAUGCAAACGAUGGCAAUAUCAUGUCACGUGCAAGGCUUGCGCAGUGCACAGGUGUAGGGUCUAUGAAUGUACCGUGAGAGACAAAUGCAAUCAAAACCUUCUCCUAACUUGUAUCAUGUGCAGCUUGCCAGUACUGUCCUUGUAGGAUACGAAGUCCUGUAAAAGUGGCCUGAAAGCUAAUAGGGUUGUUCCUCGUAGUGUCCUUAUACUCUAUAUUAUACAUAAAUAUAUGAGAAAUGCAGAGCAAGACUCAGGAGACAUAGUUUUGCUUGGUUUACUCCUAAUUUUCACAAAUAAAGGAAAAAGAUGCAAAA